AUGAGCGGCGGAAAAGACGAAGUCAGCGACAACGCUCUUUUGAAAGUAUUGAAGAAAAAACCGGCAAAUACCGUCGCCAUUUUCUCACGAGGAGUGAGUUCCAUCAGCUUUCCAUCGAACUAAAAUGUAUUCUUCCGCAGGAAUACUUUUCUGUCUACGGCGACGAUGCGAAGUUUGUGGCGAAUAACAUCUUCAAAAGUGACGUAUGCGUCAAAACAUUCACUUUGCGCAGUAAGCGUCAGUGACUCAACUAAAUUCGAAAACCUUUUUCAGCAAACGACUGCCAACAAAUGAAGUACGUAUCGGUGAACCGCGGUCAGUACGAAAAGGUCGUUCGCGAGACGAUUGUACUGCUCCGAUGCUCCGUCGAACUGUACACGAGUGAAAGUGGAGAAUGGAAGAUGGUCAAAAGGGGAUCACCCGGAAAUACUGUCGAAUUUGAGCAGGAAGUCGGAGUGGCCGAUCAGGCGCCAGUUAUCGCAGUCUAUCUUCAUCCAGGAGAGAACGAUGUUUGCGAACUGGAAUAUGACUGUUUAAAAAUUGUUUUUUUUUUCAGAAUAGAGUGACUGUGUGCGCUUGGGAUGCCGGGAAUGUGCGAAUUGUGACUAGCGAAUUCAACGACACUCCGAGUUUCUCUCAGACGGAGCAGUGCAUUAUCGGACUGUGUCCCAUCGAGUACAUUCUCGUAAAUGACCAGGCUUCUGGUCCGAAAUUCAAAAAAAUCGCUAGUUUGUUCACAAAAAUGGAAGUGCACACGAAGCAACAGCUAGAGCCGAAGUCCCCAUGGGAAAGUGUUAUGGAGUGCAUUCAGAAAGAUUCCAAAGGUAUUUCCGAAUGUAUUGCAAGCUACUAUGUCUAUUUUCAGAAGACGCUGAGAAACAGAACGAGCACGUCAAAGAAUGUCUCCAAUUGUUGCAUGCGAAUGGUGGACAGGAGUGCGGAGAGCUCGAGAAGUACAGUAUCUGCAACUAUGGAGCUCACGGAUACAUGCAAAUCGAUUCGUGUGCCGUCGAAGCGUUGGAAUUGUUCCAGCUCAACUACAAUUACCUCGGCAGGUGCAAGACCUCAGGUGCAAGUUUCAAAUGCACUUUCCAGAAAAGUCGAACAGCUUGACCCUGUACAAUGUCCUUAACAAGUGCAAGACUAUGCCGGGCGAGAAGCUGCUUCGUGACUGGAUUUCCCGUCCUCUUUGCAAUAUCGGAAUGAUCAACGAACGUCUGGAUAUUGUUGAAGCGCUCAUUGAAAACCAGACAAUUCGCCAAAAACUUCGGGAGAAUAUACUGUCUAAAAUGCCCGACUGUUCCCAGUUGGCACGUCGUCUCAUGAGAAAGGUCACUCUCCAGGAUCUCAAUCGUUUCUAUCAGUCCGCCUGUCUUCUGGAAACCAUCGAGAGCCAGCUAAAAAAGUUGGCGGAAGAGAUUCCGCAAGCCAGCUCCAUUGAACGUCUUUUGCUGAAAGACUUGGCCGGAAUUUUGAAGAAAGUCGGCAAAUUCCAGACUCUUUGCGACGAAUUCUUUGAUUUCGAUCAUGAGAAAGAGGCGAAGGAGAUCCGUGUCCGCGUGGAUUUUGUGCCGGAAAUUCAGGAGGUUCAGGAAAAACUGGAUCAAAUCGAAAGACUGGCUGAGAAACUGAGAAAGAAGUAUAGUGCAAAGUUCGAUUGUGAUGGUGUCAAACUGGACAAGAACACUCAAUACGGAUACUACUUCAGAGUCACUUUGAAGGUGUGAAAACAAUGGCUUUAUUUUAAUAAUCUAGAUUUCAGGAGGAGAAGGCAAUCCGAAAGAAGGAUGUUCACAUUCUGGAGACGACAAAGGGAAGCGGAGUGAAGUUCACUGUUCAAGAGCUUACUGACAUCAAUGACGAGUAAGAUUUUGUUCUCAAAAGUUUUCAGAAAUCACACCCUUUCUCAGAUUCUUGGAGUUCCACUUGAAGUACAUCAAAGCCGAAGAGCAAGUGGUCGAGCUUCUUUGCAAAAACGCGGAGGAGUUCAUUCCACUGAUCCCCGCAAUGGCUCAAAACGUCGCCACCCUCGACGUGUUCGUCUCUCUCGCUACCUUCGCUUCGAGUUCGAUGGGCGUGUACUGUCGUCCGACUCUCCGUCCGCUCGGAUCGAAAUGUCUCCAACUGAAGCAGUGCAGACAUCCAGUCAUCGAGGCGAACAGUGAGAAACCGUUUAUUCCGAAUGAUGUGAUUCUCGGGAAUCCGUCGGGAUCCACUCCGAAUGAUAACCGUCUGAUCAUCCUGACGGGCGCCAACAUGGGCGGCAAGAGCACCUACCUCCGAUCGGCUGCUCUUUCGGUGCUUCUGGCUCAAAUCGGCUCGUUCGUUCCUUGCGAGGAUGCUGUUAUUUCGGUCGUCGACGGAAUCUUCACUCGUGUCGGCGCUUCUGACAAGCAAUCGCAGGGAAUCUCCACCUUCAUGGCUGAAAUGCUCGAUUGCUCUGCGAUACUGCAAAGAGCCACAGAAAACUCGCUCGUUGUGAUUGACGAGCUCGGAAGAGGAACUUCCACUUUCGAUGGAUUCGGAAUCGCCUCUGCCAUUGCCCAGUAAUAAUAAUGUUUUGUUCCUGUCUUCAUUCAAUAACUAUAUCUUUCAGAGAUAUCCUGAACCGUAUCAAGUGCCUUUCCAUCUUUGCCACGCAUUUCCACGAAAUGGGAGAACUUGCCCAACAGCCAGGAGCCACAGCCCUCCAAAUGGGCGUUCAAAUCGAAAACAACGAGAUCCAUAUGCUUUACAAGGUUCUGCAGGGAGUUGCUCAGUGCUCAUUCGGUCUUCAGGUCGCCAAAAUGGUUGGAAUUGAUGAGAAAGUUCUCAAGGUAAAUUGAAUGUUGUAAUUGAUUGAAUUAGAGAAUAUUUUUCCAGAAAGCGUCUGAAAUUUUGAAACGUCUCGAGAAGAAAGUGGUCAUCGACAGCGAAAAAAAGAAGGCACUUUUGAACGCAUGUGACCUUAGAGAAGCCAUUCUCGGACUCGAACUGACCAACUAA